UGCUUUUCGUCUUCUCUUUUUCGUGGUUGCUGUUCGGCUUCGUUGCUUAUCAGUGAAGAGAUUUCACGAAUCACUUCUUGGGCUCCUUCGUUGCUGUUCGAUUUGGCUUCUUCGACGACGUUCCCUUCCUGUCGGAUCAGAAGUUACGAUAUUUUGAUCGGAAGCAAUGACGGGAGCUUCGUUCGCGUGUUGACGGGAGCUAAUUCGAAUGGAGCAAAGGAGAAGAACGAGAGCAAUUGCUACCUAGCAAACUCUAAGUUAAUGACGUGAAGGCGAUGGCGGAUGACAAUGCUUGUAGCCUGGUACAAGCAAGUGCAACAAAUGGAGAGCUAGAAGGAGAAGAGCAGGCCCUGCUUUUUCUUGACUCCUUGGACAGCUAUCUCAUGCUCUUGGACUCCCUCUCUUCCAGCCUUCGCCAGGGAUGGCUCGAACUUGCAAGUGCCCGCCACUCUAUGGGUCCAUCACGUCUUUCAAGCACACUGCUUGAUCUCAAAGUUCAAUCUGCUGCAACCACAGUGAUGUUGAAUGAACUAGUCGAAGAAUCUCAAUCAGUUCUACAACCACAAUUUACGCUAUCAAAAUGGGCAUGUUUGGAAGAGAGAAUUUUUUCUCCGGAGGUAGUCGAUGGAAGUUUGCUUAAGGAUUGUAACAGCACAUGGCUAAGGCAUCGGCGUCCAAAACAUGUACAUGAUGUUACCUUGGAAUCUACUGCAGUUGAUGAGAAUGUAAGAGCUCUCUCUCUCUCAAAAAAUUCUUCGACUACCUCUAAAUCAGUUGAUGAGAAUAAGAGGAGAUAUAAAUCAUUGUCAGUCUUUGGAGCUUUGGUUUCUCCUAAACUUCGAGCUGCCCAGGUUUCAUUUGAGACAGGUAGUGCAUAUGACUUGGUAGACCUUUGGUUUGCUGGCUCGAUUGGUCCCUGGCCGCUGGUGGUUCUCAGGUUGGCUGUUUUGGAGCAUUCGGUUUUGAGCUUGUUCCCUAAGUUGCUUGAGCUGAAGUUUAGUAGCUCAUUAAUAUCCAAAAGAUGGGGAUUCAAUAACUUGUGCACAUGUGAGCUUAGGGAUCCAAACAUACUGAGGUGGUAUAUAAGUGAAAAGAGGUAGGGGCAUUUCAGAUGA